AUGUUCAACCCUCAACAGAAUAUGCAGGCGAGCGAUGACCUCGCUGCGCUCUUCUCUCGCAACUUGACAUUCCAGCCGCAGCCAGUCCAGGAAGCACCCCAGGAGCAGCCAAGACCCCAAGCAACGGAGCCGGAACCGAUCAGAUAUUCCAUCACUCAACAUUACCAUCACUCCGCCCAUGUCGCGCAACACGAUGAGCCUCUUGUCGAGCCGCAGCGUCCAUCAUCAGAACCGCCCCAAACACAACAGCCAGCUGCUGAGAUGAUCCUAAGCCAGCAUGGCGUUGAUCCGUCGGGGCUCUCCUCAGCACAGCUAGAGCUCUUUAAGCUUGCUGAAGAUACUCAGAAAAUGCGUCUGAUCGAGCUGUGGCGAAUCUGUCCUCCGACGAACACGCAGAACAACCCAGGUGUCGCUUGGCACAACACGUCGGUCGAGAACGAGGAGCUUCUGGCACAACUCCGAUACGAACAGCGGCUGGCGGAAGAAGAGCAGAAGAACUCAAUGGUCAUGAGCAUGGACGGCACGCCUCUCACCCCGGUUCAAACCGCCGAAGGACACUGGGUACCAACUUCUUGCGUCGAGCCUUAUAUGAUGUCCGGGUACGAAGCUCUGGCUCGACGAGACUAUGAGGAUUCGGCGAAACAGCAGUACGAGGAUGCCAUGUCGCGGCCCAAGGACGUCUACAACCACUUCGGCUCUGCUCCCACAUACCGUCCGGCGACAGAUCCGGUGUACAACGACAAGUGGGCGAGCCAGCAGCGGACCAUGGAAGACCAGUAUGGAGCAUACCAGAUGGGCGGUAUGGAAUUCUGA